AGAAGAUUCUCUUCACAAAACAAAACAUGAUAAGAUAUUCUAUUCUCUUCAAGAGAAUAUCUUAUCAUGUUUUGUGUUUUGUUGGUGUUUGGGGUAUACCGUAUACCAAGGAUAUAAGGAUAUACCGUGUUUGGAUUUUGGAUUAUACGUUAUAGUUUGAUGUCAGCACAGAGAUUAUUAUAAUAUUCCAGUUUAUAAGAAUUAAGAUAUCAGGUUCACGUUACUGGAUAUCAGGUUCCUUUCCCAAGUCCCUGACUCCAGGUUUCCAUUCCAGAUUUACAUUUCGAGUGCUUUCUAGGUGUUCCAUUUUCCCGUUCCGAAGCUAAGAAAGCUUUUUUACCAAGUACUAUUUUUAUUUCAGGUUGCUGAUCCCAGGUUCCUCUCCCAAGUCCUUAGCUCCAGGUCCUUGAAUCUGUUCCAAACUCACCUUUCGAGGCUUUCUAGGUGUCCCAACCAGUUCUAAGCUGAGAAAGCUUUUUCACUACUAUUUUUUGCUCUCUAGAAUACAUUUCCCUACCUAAAGAAUUGUUACCCAAAGCAUUAGAAACAAUGCAGAAAUCUUUUUACAUAAACGAAAACGUUUGCAUGGCUUGUGGGGUUCCCCAACAACCCGAGUGCUUCCCCGAACUAGACGGUUUGCUUCGCAGAACGGCCACAGACGGCGUGUCGAUCGUGGCAGUUGAUAAAGCCAGUGGCGUAGUGGCAGGAGCGGCAUUCAAUAAGUUAGAAGAAUCGGGUCAUUCAGAUUUCUUCUCCGAAUACGCGAAAUGCCUCAAAUAUUCAGCUUCAAAAGGAGUGGUCCAAUGGAUGGCAGACGCAGACCGUAUGUUCGACAUUUACGAACAUUGCAAAAUUGACAGUUUGAUGGAAGUUAUGUUCGUUGGCAUCCUUCCAACGUUUCGACAACGAGGCAUAGCAAAGAAAUUGUUUGAGGUCUCUAUAGAACUAGCUAGAGAGCUGAGAACUGGUCGCAAUGUUAAGUUAUCCGUUGAUGAAAGAAAGCUGGAUAUAGGAAGGCCUCCAGAAAUCGUGUCAGCUCUUCUUACCUCAUUUAUUACUCAAAAAAUUACCAGAGAUACGAGCUUCAAAGUUGGAAAGAAAAUGUAUUUUGACUGGUUCGUUUAUGAUGGUCGGCCUUUGAGUGAGGUUAUAGGUCCACAAACUCCUUUCUUUACUUUUGAGUAUUACCGAUUAUAGUAUUAUAUGUUUGAUAUUAUACGUUUAAUAUAACAUAAUAUAUUAAAAUGUGA